AUGAAACCAAUUCUGAAAUUAGUAUUGUUUUGCGCGUUUAUCUUUUUAAUUUCGACAAUCACACUUUUCAAAAAAUUGGAUAUCAAAAAACAAUCAAGAAAUGUGGAUUUAUCGAAAAUAUCAGUCACUUCUUCGAAAUAUCCUUCAACUACAACAACUCGAGUUCAAGAAGAAGUGAAAUUGAACAAGGAACUUGCAGUGGUUGUUAUUGCUUGUAGAAGAGUGGAAUCGUUAGAAAUUCUUUUGGAAGCUAUUUUGAAGUGAGUUUGAAUUCUGAUUUGCUUCUUAACUCAAAAUUUUAAAAUUUUGAAAAAAAAAUUAACAGAGGGACUAGGUUUUCGUCCUAGUCCCCAUGUAUUUUUUCUUGGGACUUCAAUACGGGCUUCAUUUACAUAAGUACUUCUUCAAAUUUUUAUAGAUACCGCCCAUCAUCAGAUAUUCCAAUAUUUGUUUCGCAAGACUGUGAUGUUCCUGAAAUCCCUCAACUCAUAUCAACAAAAUUCCAAAAUGAUGUGAAAUAUAUCAAAGUAAGUUAUGUUCGUCAUUGAAUAACUCCACAAAUUCUCGAUUCAGCACGAAAAACAAGGAAAUACAACUGGUUUGAAAAGAAAGAAAUCUCAUCAAUAUGUAUAUCUUUCGAAUCAUUACAAAAAUGCGUUGCAAUAUUUUUUUGAUGAAAAUCAAUUUGAAACUGUGAUCAUUAUUGAAGGUUUGUUGAAUAAAUCCAGGAGUUUUUGGUGAAAAAUAAUGUUUUUUUAGAUGAUUUGAUGAUUGCACCAGAUUUUUUCUCCUAUUUUCUAGCGACGAAGAAAUUGCUUUUGAAUGAUCCAACACUUCUCUGUGUUUCUGCAUGGAACGAUAAUAGUAUGGUAAAUUGUUUAUUGAUUUUUUAUUCUGAUUAUUUUUUUAUUAAUUCCAGCCUGAUUUGAUUGAUCAAAAUGCGACUUCUCUUCUUUAUCGCACUGAUUUUUUCGCUGGUCUUGGUUGGAUGUUGACAAAAUCUUUGUGGACAGAAAUUGGACAUCGAUGGCCAAAUGCAUAUUGGGAUGAUUGGUUGAGAGAACCACAACAACGUCGAAAUCGACAAUGUGUUCGACCUGAAAUCGGAAGAACAUCAAUGCAAAAAUAUGGAAGAUAUGGAGCUAGUUCUGGUCAAUUUUUCGAUACUCAUCUCAAAAAAAUUGUGCACAAUGAAGUUCCGGUCGAUUUUGAAGAGCAGGAUUUAUCGUAUUUGGAACCGAAGAAAUAUGAAGAAUUAUUCCGAGAAGAAGUAUCGAAAAGUAGAUUGAUCGAGAAGAUGAGAAAUAUUGAGAACUGCAAUAAUCACACAUCUUUCAAGUAUGUUUAAAAGAUUUUUUAAAAAUGAGAUUUUGGAGUUCAUUUUCAGAAUUGCUUAUACGGACUUGAAAAAGUUUGUCAAAACAAAUCGCCUCAAAAUAAUGUCAGAUGAAAAACGUGGAAUUCAUCGUAGUUCAUAUAAUGGAAUUAUUCCAAUUUUCCAUAAUAAUUGUCGGGUUUUUAUUGUUCCUAAAAAUUUGGUUUAG